AACAUGACCGCUGCCAGCACGCUCAUUGUGUGGAUUCUGAAGAACUUCAUGUACGAGACGGUGCUAAGCGUGGAGUUCGAGAGAUUCCACAUGGCUGUCAAUGAUGCGGUGGUCAACAGCUUAGCGCAAAUCACCAAUGACAAGUGCUCUGAGCAAGAAAGGCGAAUGUACAAGAAUAUCUGCCGAAUGUCUCGUGUGUCCAACAAGUUCGAGGUGUGCAACUUAUUCGGACUCGACGCGACGAUGCCGCGCAAACUUCUGUCGCUCAUCGCUACGUACACUAUCGUUUUGUUACAGUUUAUCUUUUUGUAACACAGAUUUUACUAGACAGUAAUUUAUAUUGCACAAUUUAAUACAACCGUUAAUUGAGAAAGAUUAGUAAUUGAUAUUUUGGAAGGAUGAAAACACACAAGUGAUUGAUUUUUACAACUCAAUAUUUGUAUUCGUAGAAAGUUGGAAUCAUGAAACGAAACGUUUUAUUUGUCUAAAUCACCAUCAUAAGUUGAAUGAA